AUGGCUACCAUUACAGUAGAGCCCACCGCAGCUCAAGCUCCCGUUGUAGACCUUGAACAAUACGACUUUAAAAAUCUCACAUCUUACACACACCCACCAGAAACCAAAGCCGAUUUGCCGUGGGCUGAACUGGUCACUCUCGAUCUCGAAGAGUAUCAUCGAUCAGGAGGCAAAGAACGCCUCGCCAAACAACUCGAACAUGCCGUCCACCACGUCGGAUUCUUCUACGUCAAGAACUUUGAAAAAGAGAAAUACGAGGUCAACUAUGGUGCAGCGGACUACAAUGGCUGGCGCAGACCAGGACGAUAUAUGGCCGCCAAUAAUGCACGGGACAAUAUCGAAAUAUAUAAUUUUGCCAAAUUCACCAAGGAUUUUGAAGGCAAAUAUAACCAUCCGGAUCUAAUCAAGGCUCAUUUACCGGAGAUUGAGACGUUCCAUCGCGCCUUGCAUGCCAAUGUGGUACUGCCGUUGUUGCGACUCUUUGCCAUUAUCUUAGAAUUGCCCGAUGAAGAUUACCUCGUCAAGCAGCACACCUACGAAGAAAAAAGCGAAGACCAUUUCCGAUACAUGCUAUACUAUCCUCGCUCAGAAGAAGAAUGGGAAGCGAACAAUUACGGCAAGGGCGGCGGCCACACUGAUCUCGGUACAGUCACCUUACUAUUCCGUCAACCCGUUGCCGGGCUACAGAUCUUGGGUGAGGAUAACAAUUGGACUUAUGUCUCUGCUCAACCGGGCACUAUCACCGUCAACCUCGCAGAUACCAUCUCUCAUUUGACCGGCGGUUGGUUGAAGAGUUCUGUGCACCGGGUGGUUGCGCCACCCGAGGAUCAACGACAAUACAAGCGGACGGGGUUGCUUUAUUUUGCUCGCCCACAUAAUAAAACAGUGUUGGAGCCAAUUACGGAUUCUCCCGUGUUGCAAAAAGCCGGCGUGAAGCCUCGCUUCGAGAAGUUGGUUACUAUGGAAGAGUGGGUGAGGGCUAAACAGACUCUGCAGCUCAAUCCGGAGAUUGCGAAGAAACGGUGGAAGGAGAAGGGAGAUGGGACUGUGGAAGUUCUUGCAGGGUUUCACGAUAGGAAGUACAAGGAGUAA